AUGCACCAGCUCCACAAAGAACGCAGCAGCUCCACAGAGAACGCAGCAGCUCCACAGAGAACGCAGCAGCUCCACAGAGAACGCAGCAGCUCCACAGAAGCUCCACAGAGAACGCAGCAGCUCCACAGAGAACGCAGCAGCUCCACAGAGAACGCAGCAGCUCCACAGAGAACGCAGCAGCUCCACAGAGAACGCAGCAGCUCCACAGAGAACGCAGCGGCUCCACAGAGAACGCAGCGGCUCCACAGAGAACGCAGCAGCUCCACAGAAGCUCCACAGAGAACGCAGCAGCUCCACAGAGAACGCAGCAGCUCCACAGAGAGCUCCACAGAGAACGCAGCAGCUCCACAGAGAACGCAGCAGCUCCACAGAGAACGCAGCAGCUCCACAACAGAGAACGCAGCAGCUCCACAGAGAACGCAGCAGCUCCACAGAGAACGCAGCAGCUCCACAGAGAACGCAGCAGCUCCACAGAGAACGCAGCAGCUCCACAGAGAGCUCCACAGAGAACGCAGCGGCUCCACAGAGAACGCAGCAGCUCCACAGAGAACGCAGCAGCUCCACAGAGAACGCAGCAGCUCCACAGAGAGCUCCGCAGAGAACGCAGCAGAAGCCAUUCCCCCAAAGACUCACAUCGUCCACGCUCAAAAAGAACACAUUUUAAACUUUAUUUUGCUCUUUUCGAUCAUAAACAACGACAAAACCGCAACAGUAAAAACACAGGUUGGCUGUUUAUGUUUUUAA